AUGAUUGAAAGGAAUGAAAUGAAGUCAAAACUGAUCUCGCUUCACCCAUUCACAACAUGCGACGAUGAACAUGAAGAUUGUGUUAGUGUCAAUGAUGCAUUGUUGUCGAUUUUUCUACUCAGUCUCCAACUAAGAACAUGUGCUGUCGUUGUCGUGUCUUCUUCUCUCCAUUUGUCUCAUGUAGCAACUGGUUUGAUUUCUUUAAUUUCUUUGAUAUCUCAACCAAGAUAUUUCCGAUUAAGUAACGAGAAAACCGUUUCGGUGGUUUAUGAGUCACUGAACAGCGUUAAGAGAAAUCUUCAAAGAUGA